AUGGCCCCGUCAAGAGCUCUCCUCCUUGUCACACACCUUCGCCCAUCUCCGUGUCUCCUUCCAGCCGCUCGUCGAACAAUCAGCAGUUGCGCCCAAACACACCGAUCGCCUCUUGCACAAGCCCUGUUUCCAGGCCCGACGCGCAAAGUGCGUACCUUCCCCGCACUUUCCUCAAGAAGAGAGUAUGCAACGGCAGCACCCGAACCGCCGGAUUACCUCAACGAGGCUGAGCUCCACAUCUUCAAUAAGAUUAAGGCCGAGCUGCAGCCCGUAAAUCUCGAGGUGCAAGAUAUCAGUGGCGGUUGUGGCUCCAUGUAUGCGCUGCAAAUUGAGAGCGAGCGGUUCAACGGCUUGAGCGUCAUCAAGCAGCAUAAAUUGGUGAAUGAGGUGCUCAAGGAGGAGAUCAAGGGUUGGCAUGGCGUGCAGUUGAGGACAAAGGCCGUCUAA